AUGGGUCUGGUAAAAGUACCAGCAAUUUGGAAUUACUGGAGUGGGUCCAGGAUAUACAAAUUUGGCUUUCCUGCCACUGUCAUGUCUGGCAGGAAAUUUCAUGCCAUUUCAGGGGCACUGCAUCUCAGCGAUCCUAAGAUGGAUGCUGAGAAUGCGAAAAUGAAGGGGACUCCGGCCUAUGAUCGCCUGGGCAAAUUGAAGCCGGUGUACCAGGAAAUAAGAGAUGCCUGCAAGAGCUAUUUUCACCCUCAUCAAAAUAUCGCCGUAGAUGAGAGGAUGGUGGCAUCCAAAGCAAGAAUUGGGCUGAAACAGUACCAAAAAGAGAAGCCAACAAAGUGGGGGUACAAACUUUUCAUUUUGGCUGAUUCAGCCCAUGGCUACACUUGGGAUUUUUUCAUUUAUGAAGGGAAAUCUCCUGAAGCUCAAAAUGGACCAAGUAAGGGGCUAAGUUAUGAAUCUGUGAUGGCGCUGGUGGAUGAGAGGAUGCUGGGAACUGGCUACAAGCUGUAUGUAGACAAUUUCUACACCAGCCCAUCACUUUUCAAUGACCUCCUCCAGAAGGGCAUCUGGGCCUGUGGGACCAUUCGGAGCAACCGGGUGGGCUUCCCAAAAACUACAGUAGACAAGUUGCCCAGAAAUGCUCCCCGUGGGAGUAUGCGGUGGAUCCGUGACAACGGGCUCCUCUUUGUUGAGUGGAAGGACACCAGGGAGGUGCUCAUGUGCUCUUCCUUCCAUUCAGCAGAUGGAGAUCACACUGUACGGAGGAGGGUGAAGACGAGAGCUGGAGGAUGGACAGAGCUCACUGUCCCUAUGCCUACUGCAGUGCAUGAUUACAACAAGUAUAUGGGAGGAGUUGAUCUUUCUGAUGCCCUUGUCGGGUACUACAAAGUACUCCGAAAGACCAGAAAGUGGUACCGCUCGAUCUUCUACCACUUUGUAGACAUUGCGGUGGUAAACGCCUUCAUCCUGCACCAGCAGUUGGCUGCUGCUCAGAACAGAAGAGCAAAAUCACAGAGGGAAUUCCGUGAGGAUUUGGUCAUGGAGCUUGCAGACUGGAUGCCUCCAAGUGAGCCAGCUCCUCCAGCUCCUCCUGCUCCAGCACCUCAGGUGACAGGAGAACCUUCAGGCCAUGCCUGCCACAGGCCAAUUUACAGUGAUGACCCCAGGCGAAGAUGCCAAGUGUGCCAUCGGAAAACGCCUGUGUUCUGCCAGGGAU